UUCGUUUCCAGUAAACAUUAUACACUACAUGCCGAUAUGGCUGCACCAACCGCGACCUCGCGCGCUUUCGCCAUUACGGAGAUCCUGGAAAACAUACUCCUCCAACUUCCGCUCCGGGAUCUCCUUCUGGCGCAAGCCCUCUCUAAAUCGGUACAGAACCUGAUUACGACUUCCCCAGCCCUGCAGGCUGCACUGUGUUUCCGAUCCACAUCCCCGGAAGCGACAGGAGCAGCAUAUACGGUCAAUCCCCUCAUAGCAUCCGCCUUCCCGAACGUGUUUGCGCCUCUCUGGGACAUUGACACAGACGAGGCUGCAAAAUGGCAGCAAAAGUUGGAUGCACACGGGCCCUCGUCUACUGAAGACAGUCCGAGUAUGAUAGAAGCUUCACUCCCUGCAAAGACACCUCCAGAAGAAACCCCAUCGCCUGAAAAAACAGAAUCGGAAGUAGAUAUCUAUGGUAUCGACGACGAAACCUACCCCGUUGGCGCGCACGAAAACCCACCUACCGUGCCUUCGCACCAGAGGUUCUGGUACUCGGCGUGGCUGCUCAACCCAGCGGCGUGGAGGCGAGAACACGCGAGUUGGCGCCGCAUGCGGGUUACCAAAGAGCCGCUGCGACGUCUCGUGCUGCUGGAGAAGCACUACGGCAUGGGCGGUUCAACGGUGGUGGAAUGCAUUCUCCGACUCGGCGAUCCUCGCGCGUCCGAAUCGACAGCCUGUCUAGAGGGAAGAGAGCGCAUAGACGUGGGGACGGAGCUACAGACUAGGUCGGAUAGAUACGACGAGCCGGGCACGGUGGUGCCGAAACACGGCUGGAUGACGGUGGAUGGGCAGGCAGUUGAUCUCGAGAGCUUGGAUGGCUUGCCCAUGUCUCUCUUUCACGAUUACUUGAGUCAACUCGUCUGUUCCAAUGGCGAACCACCCGCUUUCCAGAUCUACUUCUACCCUUCCUACCCGCCAACGCCUGAUCCCGUGCUCAAGGACCAUCUUCCUCCAAGUGUAAUGGAUGAGUUUAGCGGGUUUGCGGACCGUGAUGAUGUUGGAGAUGGCUUGACCAUGCUGAUUGAAACAAACUUUAGUCAUGGCUGCGUUAUACAGUCGAACCCCAUAUUUCCAGGGCUUUGUAGCGGUGCUGCCGGGAAAGUCGAGGUUGGGCCGUGGGUUACAAAAUCCAUGUCGCGUUUUGGCUGA